AUGCAGAGUUCGAUGAAGUGCUGCGGCUGGACCUCAUUUCGUGAAUACGAGAACGGAUAUCCCUCAUCAUGCUGCUCAGCUUAUGCCCUGGAUCCGGAGAAUAUCCGCCAAAUAUCAAGUUGGACUUGUAAAAAGCCGUUCACGAUCGCCUGCGAAGAGGCGGCCUUUGGUGUGCUCAAAUGGAUCAUUCUAACGACGAUUAUUGAAAUGGUUCGGAACAGUACUUGUUUUCUUCUAUAUCUCGAAAAAGAGUCGAACCAUGAUUUCUGCCAUAAUUGUUGA